GAGUGACGCGGCAGCCCCACCUCUCCUGCCCCGGACAGUCCGUGGGAAGUUUUGACAGCGGGCCCGCUUGGCUUGCAGCAGCCGGAUUUACACGGAGAUCGGCUGCCCCGACUGAUCGACAGUUUCGCGUUGGCAGAGAUUUUACGGGGGAGGUCGUGGAGCCAUCAUGUCGACCGUCCCGGAGGAUGUGACCAAACUCACCGAGAACACGUACAAGAAUGUCAUGGAACAGUUCAAUCCCGGCUUACGGAACCUCAUCAACUUGGGCAAAAGCUACGAGAAAGCCGUCUCAGCUAUGACUCUAGCAGGAAAAUCUUAUUUUGACGCGGUGUCCAAAAUUGGAGAGAUGGCUGCAGUCUCGCCGGUUUCCAGAGAGCUGGGUGAAGUGCUCAUAGAAAUCUCAGACUCCCACAAGAAACUCAAUCUGGACCUGGAGGACAAUUUUAAACGCUUCCACAAGGAGAUCAUCGCUGAACUGGAGCACAAAAUUGAGCUCGACAUGAAGUACAUGAAUGCAACCCUCAAGAAAUACCAGACCACGCAUAGAGACAAACUGGACAUGCUAGAGAAGUCAAACUCGGAACUGAAGAAACUUCGGAGGAAAAGUCAAGGGAAGACCGCCACCAAGUAUGAAAAGUUAGAGAGUGAGUACGUGGAGACCAUCACGUCGCGGCAACUGGACAUGCAGCAGUUCAUUGCAGAAGGCUGUCGAGAGGCUCUCCUGGAGGAGAAGCGUCGCUUCUGUUUUUUGGUUGACAAGCACUGUACGCUUACAUCCAGCAUCUUCGGCUACCACAGUAAGGCCCAAGAACUUCUUGGCAAGAAGCUGCCCAACUGGCAGGAUAAGUGCACUGAUGCCACCAAAGUGCCAGACACCAUCUUGACGAUGAUUGAGGGCAUGAAGAGCUCCAGCACACCACAGCCCUCCCCUCACCCUGGGCGGUAUAGCAUGAGCACAGAACCUCCAAACCCGCCCCCUGCUCCAGCACUGAAGGCACAUCCCAGCCCCCUAGUGGACAUGUUCAACCACACAGAGCAGCCAAAAGUGAGCUCGACCACUGAGAAGAAGGCCACUAAGGGUCCCAGAGAUGAUAGCAGUCUGCCCAGGUCAGUUUCCGUUGCCACCGGGUUGAACAUGGUCAAGAGGCCCAGAGUGAUGACCAUUUUUCCUCACACUGCUGGCAGUAACAACACCCUUCUGAGCUUUCAGGAUGGUGAAAUCAUCAUACUCCUUACGCCAGAAGAGAAGGAUGGUUGGCUGUAUGGCGAGCACGAAAAGACCAAGAGGAGAGGCUGGUUUCCGUCCUCCUACUGCAGACCCUUCACUGAGCAAGCCGAGGACAACAGAAGCUCUGUACCCGUGCGCAGCGUCAGCACGGCCAACCUGGUCAAUCAGCAGAGUAACAGUAUGAUUCUGCCACCUCCAGACUACGAAGAAUCAUCUUCUCCAGUCCGAACCACUGAGGUCAACGCUGUGCCGCCCCCGCCUGCAUACUCGGGCGCAGAACAGAAUGGCAUCGUAAAACCACCUUUUCUUGGUGGCGGCAAUCCCUUUGCCACCGUCAAGCUGCGCCCCACCGUGACAAAUGACCGGUCAGCCCCCAUUAUCUGAAAACUGUGCCACCUGCUGGACACCUGGAGAUUUGCAGGACUACACAAAACUGUCUCGUCGUACUUGUGUGAGGAAUAAAACAAAUCCAAAGAGUUCUACCUUUUUUUUAAAAAAAUGUAUAUAUAUAUAUUUUCAAAAUUGAAAAAAAUGCCUAUAUGUAUAACUCCAAAGCGAGGUUUUCGCAGGUGCUGGUUUGAGUGAAAUGGUCAGCCACGAGUGAAUCUCCACAGCCUGGCCAGCCUUACUAGACUAGCACUUUGAUUUCUUAUCGUCCCACCUUUAUGGACCCCCGAGGCUCCUGGAAAGCAAAAUGAGGCCGUCGUCACGUAGUCCUCCUCGACUAUUCCCCUGAAGAGGGUCCGGCUUCUGGGAUGCUGGCAGGUCUCCCUUUUUCCCCCCAUUUUUUUUUAAAUACACAAAUACUUGAUUGCUCUGUAGCCGGCCAAAGGCUCGUUGGAGGGAUGAAGCCACGUGGACCUUUGCUGGUGCAGAUUAGGAGCAGCGUGCAAUAAUUCCUAUCUCUCAUUACAUGCCCUGUAUUUGAGCACAAUAAAGCCUUUACUGAUUUUACCAGCA